AAUGUAUUCAAUAUUUGAAACUAAAUGAAGAAGCACUCGUAAACAGUCCGACUGCGGUGUUGGUUUAAAACUUUACUUUCAUGAGAAGGAUCUGCAGUAGCUAUGAUUAAAUGGCUUGUGUGUGUUGGCGCGCUGGCGAUGUCGACCUCCGGGGAGCCCCCCGUGAGCAGCUACCUGCCCCCGGCGCGGGGCGGGGGCGGGGGCGGGGGUCCCUCCGCGCAGUACGGGCCGCCGGGGCAGGGCGGCGGGGCGCGCGGGGGCGGCCGCGCCGGGGGCUUCGGUAGCCAGCCCGCCGGCGGCCUGCAGGAACCACUCGGCGGCUUCGGAAACCAACCUUCCUCAGAAUACGGCCCGCCAGGCCAGGGGUCUGGUGCUGCGCAGAAUCAAGGACGCAAUCCAGGUGGUCAGGGACGCAACGGCUUCGGCGCCGGAGCCCCCCCGUCGGCGAAGUACGGCCCGCCAGGCCAAGGCGGAGCCUCAGGGUUCGGUCGACAAGGCCCAGGCGGCCAACAAGGAAAUCGCCCUAACUCCCCGCAGAACACCUACUCGGCUCCUGGGCAGUUCGGCCAAUCAGGGGGACUGUCUACGGAAUACGGACCUCCGAAUCAGGGUUCAGGAUCCAAUCAAGGUUUUGGUGGGCGAGGUUCACAAGGUGGGUUCGGACAAGAUCAGGGCCAAGAAAGCGGGUUCGGCGGAGGCCGGCCCGGGCAGGCUGCGGGAGGGCGGCCACAGUCCUCGUACGGUCCUCCGGGGAGGGACGGAGCUGGCAGUGGAGCUGGUAGACAACAGGGCGGCAACGGAGGUUUUGGACAAGGAGGUCAGGCCAACGGGCAAGGAAGACAAGGAGGAAGGCAGCAAGGUGGAAGGCCAGAAAGUUCUUACGGUCCCCCGGCUAGUGGAAGUCUUGAGGCUCCUGGUUUUGGUCGCGGCGGUGGCCAGCGCCCGGACUCGUCGUACGGGGCUCCGGGACUCGGCGGUUCUCAGGGACUCGGUGGGUCUCAAGGCGGUCGUGGCGGGAACCAGCAGCUCGGAGGACUAGGCGGGGGCCCACCCUCAUCUUCCUACGGAACCCCCGGCUUUGGUAGCGGACAGGGUGGUCAGGGAGCAGACGAAGAUUUUGGUGGCAGCGAUUCUAACGAGCCAGCUAAAUACGAGUUUAGCUAUGAUGUGGACGACUCGCAGACAGGUACUAAAUUUGGUCAUUCAGAGCAGCGGGACGGCGACGUGGCCACAGGGGAGUAUAAUGUAUUGCUUCCUGACGGGAGGACGCAGGUGGUCGAGUACGAGGCCGGCCUGCAGGGAUACAAGCCCAUGAUACGAUACGAGGGCGGUGCUGCUGGUGCUGGUGGGAGCAGUGGCUCAGGAUUCGGUGGAUCAGGUGCUGGUGGCCGCGGUGGCAGUCAGGGCUACCCGAGCGGCGGGCCCGGCGGCGACGGCGGCUUCUCCGGCGCUGACAACGACCUCGGCUACCCUCAGGGAGGCCCCGGCCAGGGCUCCCCCGGCUCCGGGAGACAGACCCAGGGCGGCCAAGGGCAAGGCUACCCGGACUCAUUCCAGCCACAACCCGGCUUCGGCGGACAAGAAUCUCAGGGAUACAGUGAUCAAGCUAGCGGCCAGGGUGAGAUGGGCUACCCUAGAGGGGGCCCGGGGCAGGCAGGUGGCAGGGGCGGUCAAGGCAACGGCAGGGACGGUCAAGGCAACGGCAGAGGUGGUCAAAACGGCGGUCGCGGAGGGCGGCCAGACCAGGGCGGUGCGGAGGGGUACCCGCGAGGCGGCCCGGGGCAGAGCGGCUUCGGCGGAGGUCAGGGACAGCAAGGAAGAGGGCAGCAAGGCUUCGGCUCCGGCGCAGGCAACGAUGGCUACCCGAGUGGUGGACCUCAAGGCGGCCUGGGCGGGCGGGGUGACAGCUUCACCGGUGGGGAUGAAGGCUACCCCAGUGGUGGACCGCAGGGUGGUAGGGCGGGCUUCCAGGACGGCCGUGGUGCCCAGGGCGGGCGGGGCUCUCAGGGCGGUCAGGGCGGCAGAGGGGGUGCGGACGAGGGCUACCCGCGUGGUGGACCCCAAGGUGGACCCCAGGGUGGGAGGGGCGGCCAGGUUGGUGGCGACGAGGGCUACCCCAGCGGUGGACCCAGCGGCGCUAGAGGAUCCGGAUAUUGAAUCGACCUACCUUCAUGAAACUACAUCUACCUAAUAAAUUGAUAAUGCUCAUCUCGAUAGUAGCUCAUAAUUUUAAAUGCUUUAAGUACUCUUAGUUAGGGUUUGAAUGUAAAUGGAAAAUGUAAAUAAAUAUGAUUUUUUAUACUUGAAAUAAGA